UUCCUACUUGGCAGAGGUCUUUAGCCUUACAGGUCCUAAUCAAUACAUAACGCGCCCACUGGUUCGUUAUCUAUGACGAUGUUCAGUAGACGCGACUUUCCACCACUGCCCUCGUACAAAACAACAAGGUCCAGAUGGCAAAUAAGCAACCAUGCCAUUGCACAUGUCCAUACGCCCAGGCCGUUAGGUUCGGCCACUACAAUCAAUGACCUGCCAGACGAACUCAUCCUAGAGAUUUUAGACCACCUACCAGGAAUCGACAUUGACGAUUUCCAACUGUCAACGCUUGUCUGCCUAUCAUUGACAAACCACCGUUUUCAUCGAAUGGUUGCCGAAAGACUCUAUGCUACAUAUUCCAGCCAUUUUUGCGAGCCAUACCUGUUUCUCCGCACGAUGGUGGCUAAGCCACAACUCGCGGAGUUGGUGCGAUAUGUUGAUGUGACAUGUGGGGACGGGGCCCAUCAUGACCGCAACCGUUAUGUUGCAACAGCCCAAGACAAGAAGACUAUCAAAGAAGGGAUGCGAUUGCUGAGUAUAUCGAACUGGAAAACUUGGGCUGUGGACUGUAAUUCCUUCGAUGGUGAGGUCGAGGUUUUGCAUUCUGCGGUCCUAAUGCACGCCCCUAAUAUAAAGUCUCUGGUUAUCGAGGAUACUGGAUCGCAUGAUCACACAGGUCCAAAGUGGAUUGAUAUUAUCAGAAAAGCCACCAUAGGAACAUCUUCCGGACGUGUGCAUCGAUUCGAACAUCUGCAGUCAGUGCGCGUAGGUGCAAGUCGUUACAAUACAAGUCAGCUUGCGCCAUUGUUCAGACUGGACUCCCUGCGACUACUUCAUCUAAGAGAUCUUGUUGCGCUCGAUACUGGAGGGAGAAGCACGACAGUACUACAGCGUAUGAUCCCGCAGGACUGCAAUCGAAUUGAAAAGCUUAAUUUGGAGCAUAGCUUCCUUCAUAUGGAUACUUUGGGUGUUCUGGUCGCAUCGUCACGAAGAUUGAAAAUUUUCAAGUACGAUGUAACGCUAGAGUGUAUAUCACACGAGCUCAACGCACAUCAUGAGUUGGGUGCAACGAAGCUCUCCAUGGUGCUCCAUCCCAAGAGAGAUUCUCUUGAAAGCCUCCAUCUGAGUUGCGACGCUCGCGCAGAAGAGGAGACCCGCGGUACUAUCACUCUUCUUGACGACCUUCGGAACUUCGUAGCGCUGAAGCACUUAAGCUGUCCUCUUACAUCAAUUAUCGGCGCAAGACUAGAUGCAUCCGCAACGUUCAUCGAAUCAUUGCCGCGGUCCCUGAUUACCUACAAUACAGUCAUUCGAAAGUACACUGACGAUAAGAACUGCCUGACCGCCUUGGAGCACAUGGCAGCCAAUUACCACACCAACACACAGAAAUUGGAAGAAGUUCGCAUUGUUGUUCCAUCACCCGCGCCCUGGCUCAUGUACGAUUGGGAACCUCUGGUCAGGUUCUUUUCAAGGAGUGGUGUCAAUCUAGUAGUGGAACACGAAGAAGAUGACGAAGAUGAUUUCGGUGAAAGCUGGAACGAUGAUUCGACGGAAUCCUCGCAGUCUUCAGAUGAAGUUGAUCUAUACAGUAAUGAAGGUUGAACCAUCGUCUGGCAGUGCGAUGUGCACAUGCGUUCAUGCUAGCUUUUAAAUCUCGAAAGAUCGAGUUCUAUUUCCGUGCGUAGUUACAAGAAGGCCCUGGCACUCUAAACAUAAAAAGAAAUAUUCUGG